UAAAUAUAAACCUCGGAGGAGAGACUAGCGGCGGUUCUGUCCAGGAGCUGCAGUGAAGCCUCUGAGGGUUUAUACAAGGAAGCCUCUGUGCUUGCUUUACAACAGGUCUUCUUCUUCUUCCCUUCGCCGACACAGAAACAGGAUGCGUUUCAUUUGUACUCUGGGUCUCACUCUGACCCUGGUUCAUCUGUCAAACUCUCUGCUGCUGGGAGCGUUCAACAUCAAGACGUUUGGAGACACCAAAGCCUCCGACUCCACUGUGAUGAACAUCAUCAGCACGAUCGUCCAACGCUACGAUGUCGUUGUGAUCCAGGAGGUCCGAGACACCGAUCUGUCUGCAACCAAAAAACUCAUGGAGCUCGUCAACAAAGGUUCUUCUCAGUACAGCUACGUCGUCAGUGAACCUCUUGGUCGCAGCACCUACAAGGAGCAAUACCUCUUCAUCUACAAGAUUAGUACUGUGUCCGUGGUCAAAAGCUACACCUACGAUGACGGCUGUGAGUCCUGUGGGACGGACACCUUCAACAGGGAACCGUUUGUCGUGAUGUUCUCCUCCAAAUACAGUGUCUUGAAUAACUUCACCCUGAUCCCCCAGCACACCUCUCCGAGCGUGGCCGUGGAGGAGCUGAGAGCCCUCACUGACGUGGUGGCUGACGUCCGCGCUCGCUGGAACACCAACAACAUCAUGCUAAUGGGCGACUUCAACGCAGGCUGUAGUUACGUUCAGGGCUCCGACUGGGACCAGAUCCCCCUCUUCACCGACAAGAGUUACCAGUGGCUGAUCCCCAAUGAGGCCGACACCACCGUGACCAGCACUCUCUGCCCUUACGACAGGAUUGUGGCCACGGCCGACAUGAUGAAGGGCGUAGUGCAAGGCAGCGCGAGGGUUUACAACUUCAUGGCCGACAUGAAACUGAGCUCCACUUUGGCCUUGGACGUCAGUGACCAUUUCCCUGUGGAGGUGAAGCUAAGCUAGACUACAGCAGCAGCCUGGAUCAUGACUCUGGGACAUCCAGGAACCCUGUCCCACCACGGAGUUGUAGAUUAGAAGAUUAAAAAUGAACAUAUCUGAGAAAAUUAAGAUGUACGAGACAACCAAAAAAAAUAAAUAAAUCACACAAUGCUGAGGAUUA